ACAACACCGACUGUCUCACAAUUGUUCUCACAUCUACCAUUCCCUCGACUUACACACAGAACCAAACAUGUCCAGCAAAACCGCAGUCCUGACCUCAAAGGCACCAAAGCCCCUCCCCGGCAUCUACAGCCAAGCCAUCGUAGCCAAUGGCUUCGUCUACUGCUCCGGAGCCAUCGCCAUGGACGCCGAAACCGGCAAACUGAUCGAUGGAGAUAUCACUGCUCAUACCCACAAAUGCAUCCAAAAUCUCACUGCUGUGCUCGAGGAAGCGGGCACGGAGAUCAACAAAGUCAUCAAGGUCAAUGUGUUUCUGGCUAGCAUGGAUGAUUUUGUGAAGAUGAAUGAGGUUUACAAGACUUACUGGGGUGAUGUCAAGCCGAGUAGAACGUGUGUGGCUGUCAAGACAUUGCCGAUGGGUACGGAUGUUGAAAUUGAGUGUGUUGCUGUGCUAUAGAGAGUGGAUAUGGGUGGUGGAGUGAUGAUGGUGUACACAAUCAGGAAGCGUCUGAAACUGAGCCGUUGAAUAUCGAAGACAAAUGCUGACCCUGUCCUGAAGAGCUGACAGGGUGGUACCUUCUACAACUAUCCAGGACACAAUUGCUCCUUCUCAGUCACGUCCACAUAGCAGCUGUAAGUUAUCAUCGUAUCCAGAACAACGCAAUCAUGUUAGGCU